AUGGUCCGAAGUGCGGUAUUAGAGUUCUGGCAACCAGUCGCUGUCUGGGGGCUGGCCCAGUUUCGAGCCAAUGCGAAUAUCCGUGGAGCAAUUCUUGCCGAUGCAGUUGGUCUGGGCAAGACCUGGGAAACUAUUGCAUUUAUGCUCAAGUGCUGGUCUGACUAUAAUACUGCAUAUGAGACAGCAGUAAAACACAAGGAGGCCCCUCCGGUGGCUCGUCCUUUCCUAAUUGUGGUCCCCCAAAUUUGA